AUGUUCUCAAGAUCGACCAUCGCUGCCUCUCCACUCUUCCAACUUCUCUCCCACCAGAGCCAGGGGCUCGUCCGUGCGCAAUGGGCUGUCAGACCCAUAUCCACUUCCGCUUCACAUCUCACCCCUGUCACACUUGCCUUUUCUGAAGUCCCAAGGCCAUCUCCCCAGCAACAGGCACGCUCCCAGCCCAUCGUCAUCCUCCAUGGUCUCUUUGGAUCGAAACAGAACUGGAAGGCUCUCUCUAAGGCCAUGGCCUCCCGUCUCAAUACCGAAGUCUAUGCACUGGAUCUUCGCAAUCAUGGAGAAAGUGGUCACUCGAGCGAGCACGACUAUGCGAACAUGGCCAACGAUGUCACUCACUUUUUGAAGGAACGGAAUCUGGAAAAGCCCAUCGUUAUUGGACAUUCAAUGGGCGGCAGGGUGGCAAUGAACAUGGCAUUGAGGCAUGUAGAUCUGGACCGCCUUAUCAUCGUCGAUAUUGCUCCUGUCCAGGUAACGCUGUCGUCCGAGUUUGCCAAAUAUGUCGAGGUCAUGAAGGAGAUCCAAAAAGCAAAUGUCAAGAAGCAGAGCGAGGCCGAUGCCAUCAUGAAGAACUAUGUCUCUGAUUUGGGAGUGCGCCAAUUCUUACUUACCAAUCUGAAGAGGAAUGCCGCAGGGGAUGGAUACAGUUUCCGCAUCCCGAUCGAGACCCUGGGCAAGUCACUCGAGACGCUGGGACAUAUUGAUUUCAAGCCUGGACAGGACCGAUAUGAGGGCAAGACGUUGGUUAUCAAGGGCACCAAAUCCAAGUACAUUCAGAAGAAGGAUGAGGAUCUCAUCAGAACAUUCUUCCCAAACUCGAGGAUCGCGGAACUGGAAACAGGGCAUUGGGUCCAUGCCGAGAAGCCAGAAGAGUUUUUGAAGCUGGUCACAGAGUUUGCAGUAGAAAAGUGA